UUGACACAGCGUUUUGCCGACGCCUUGGCUGCCGUAAUCCUGGCCACUAGCGAGCUGUGGACCCUUUGCGCGGCUGGCGUCUGGAGCUACUGGGAGCAGCGCCAGCCAGUCUCAACAAGAACACUGGCGGAAUCGCACACUAUAGGCACAUUCACGACGACCCAUAUUUCCAAAAGAGCAAGAACCACCUGCAUCAUCAUGGCCGACGCACGAGCUCUUUUGCGACAACAGCGCGCAGCACGGCAGCAGGCGCAAAAGCCCCAAAAGCAAUCGGCAGCUCCUGCGACAGCACCCGCGUCGAAAAAGCGCAAGGCUACAGACGAGACAGUGGAGGAGAGGAAACGUACGCGAACCGAGGAAGAGGCUGGUGUACCAGCGGGCUUCUUCGACGCUGGGGCUACAGAAGAUGGAGAAGAGGCUGCGUCGGCACCUGCAGCCCAGGAAAGCACGCCCACACCAGAUACCCAGCCUCCAGAGGCACCCAAGGUGGCUGAGCCCCAACUCGAUCCCACAGCCCAAGCAGAGCUCGAUGCCUUCUUAAACGAGAUGAACGCCGAAAAGCCCAUGCCACCACCGCCCACUCGAUCCGCCUACUCGGGUGCUGUCAUCGAGGCCGCGCCCAUGACAGCCGCCCAGAUCGCCGCACAAGCACGAGAAGACCAGAGUGCACAACGCGCAAGGAGGGACGAGGAGAUGGAGGGCGAGAAAGAGGAUGCUGCGCGGGCGCUCGAAGACGAAUUCGAAGAGAUGGAAGGCCUCGAAGAGAGGGUGAAGCGACUACGCGAACAGAGAGAAGCUUUGCGAUCCAAGUCUGGAGCACCAGUCGAGGCAGAGGACGUUGCGCCAGCGGCUCAAGCCAUCGAAGAAGAUGGAGAGAGCGAGUCCGACGACGAGGACUGGGACGACUGGAGGUUUCGUCCCGCUUAAUUUCUAGGCCCGCAUUGCAUACAGUAGGCUUUCUGGUGGUCAGCGCAUGUAUUAUAUUGUAGCAUUACACAAUUGUGAUACCCGGGGAGGCGUUCCCAAGCAGCGAUACAUUCAGUCCAAGCAGGGUUUGUCCUUGUCAUACAAAUACGACAUCACAUAGAGACAAUUACCUAUUCUGCUUUUUUCAACACUUCGAACGACUUGCAGACUUGCAGCCCAAAGCAAACCCCUGACAUGUGAGAUGGCGGUAUCGAGUGCCAAGGCGAGCGUCAUUGGUGAGAAACCAA